GUUCUUUCUGGUGGAACUGCUGGGCCCACGGUAACUCCAUGUGUCACUGAGGACCGGCCCGCUUUGCUCGGGGGCCACACUGUGUUACGGUCCCACCAGCAAUGUACCGGGGUUCUCAUUUCUCCAGCCCUUGCCCUGAAGACGUUGAAAGUUGAAUUGAUCGCUGAUAGGUUGAGGAAGUGGCCUCUCUGAAACGUUUUCCUCUUUCACAUUUUGAACUUUCUCUUUCACUCACACAGAGAGCUGAGCCUGACGGCGAGUGGGAGGAACGAUACUCACAAGUGAUGCAAGAGAAAUUCCAGCAGCCAGCAGACAUCAUGCGUCCCUCCACGGCUGCGAGCUGAGCGUCACGUUGCCCCAGCCGCUUCCAGGCGGAGGAGCCUGGCACUCACCGGUGGACAAUGGCCGACUGCGAGUUCGAGUACACUCACAUGCUGGCCCAGGACUACCUGAAGUUCGUCCUGCAGAUGCCACAGCCUGGCCCUGGCCUGGGCAGAACGUCCAGACUGUUACAGGAUGUCGCGUUCUCAGUCCAGAACCAAGUCGAGAGGCAUCUGCAGCCAUGCUUGGACCAUUUUGAUAUUGUGUCUGUAGCCAGUGCCAGAACAAUAUUCAAUCAAGUCAUGGAGAGGGAGUUUGAAGACGGUGUCAUUAACUGGGGACGGAUUGUGACCAUUUUUGCAUUUGAAGGUAUUCUCAUGAAGAAACUUCUCCAGGAGCGAAUUAGCCCAGAUGUGGAUGCUUACAAGGAGAUCUCCUACUUUGUGGCUGAAUUCAUAAUGAAAAACACCGGAGAAUGGAUAAGGCAGAAUGGAGGCUGGGAAAAUGGCUUUGUAAAGAAGUUUGAACCCAAAUCCAGAUGGCUGACUUUUCUGGAAAUUGCAGGAAAGAUCUGUGAAAUAUUCUGUCUCCUGAAGCAAUACUAUUGACUGAGGACACUGGAUAUUGCGAAACCCCCUAAUAGUCUCCACUCUUGCACAAAGUGUCACCAGCACUUAGUUCUACUUGUAAACAAACAACUUUGAUGAUGCAACUUGACGGUCUGGACUUCUGGACAUUUUGUCCCCAUUUUAAUGAAUAAAUUGUAUUUGCCUCUGUA